AUGGUCAACUCAUGUUGUGGCUCUGUCUGCUCUGAGCAGGGCUGUGACCAAAGUCCCUGCCAGGAGAGCUGCUGCCAACCCAGCUGCUGCCAGACCACCUGUUGCCAAACCACCUGCUGCCGCCCCAGCUGUGGAGUGUCCAGUUGCUGCCGCCCAGUGUGCUGCCCGACCACCUGCCGUCCCAGCUGUGGCGUGUCCAGCUGCUGCCGCCCAGUGUGCUGCCAGACCACCUGCCGUCCCAGCUGUGGCGUGUCCAGCUGCUGCCGCCCAGUGUGCUGUCAGACCACCUGCCGUCCCAGCUGUGGCGUGUCCAGCUGCAGCCGUCCUGUCUGCUGCCAGACCACCUGCCGUCCCAGCUGUGGAGUGCCCAGCUGCUGCCGCCCAGUGUGCUGCCAGACCACUUGCUGUAGUACAACUUGCUGCCGCCCCUCUUGUUGAAUUUCUUAUCUGAAUACCAGUUCCCAGGCAGUCAUAAUGACAGCCAACCUCACGGGAACCUCCACCUCUGACACCAUGGUCAGCUCCUGUUGUGGCUCUGUCUGCUCUGAGGAGGGUUGUGGCCAAGGCUGCUGCCAGCCCAGCUGCUGCCAGCCCACCUGCUGCAGGCCUACCUGCUGCCAGCCCACCUGCUGCAGGCCCACCUGCUGUGUGUCCAUCUGCUGCAGACCCAGCUGCUGUCAGUCUGUGUGCUGCCAGCCCACCUGUUGCCGCCCCAGCUGCUGCCGCCCCAGCUGCUGCAUUUCUAGCUGCUGCAGGCCUUCCUGCUGCUGCCCCAGCUGCUGCUUGUCCAGCUGCUGCCGCCCCAGCUGCUGCAACUCCAGUUGUUGCAGUCCCAGCUGCUGUGUGUCUAGCUGCUGCUGCCCCUCCUGCUGUGUGUCCAGCUGCUGCAGGCCCCAGUGCUGCCAGUCCAUUUGCUGCCAGCCCACCUGCUGUUGUCCCAGCUGCUGUGUGUCCGGUUGCUGCAGGCCCAGCUGCUGCCAGUCUGUGUGCUGCCAGCCCACCUGCUGCCGCCCCAGCUGUUGCAUCUCAAGUUGUUGCCGUCCCAGCUGCUGUGUGUCCAGCUGCUGCAGGCCCACCUGUUGCCAGAGCACCUGCUGUCGCCCAGCAUGCUCUAGCUGUUCUUGUUGCUGA